UCCCAUUGAGUUUUGGAAAUAUUGAUGUUGGACUUGCUUUCUAUCGAGUAUGGCUGUUAAGGAUUUUUAUCGAAAUGGAUGUACUAGAUGGACUUUUUUCCCUCGACAGCAGUGGCAAGUAUUGUUUUUCAUCUCGUGCUGUUUUCAUUUCGGCAUCUCUCAAAUCCGGUACUCCAUCCCUGAAGAAAUGAGUAAAGGUUCGCUAAUUGGUAAUGUAGCACAGGAUCUGGGGCUGGAUUUAAAAAGGCUUCGAUCGGGUCGAGCGCGUAUCGUGACUGGAGAAAGCGCUCAGUACGCAGAGCUGAAAACAGACAAAGGGAUUCUAGUCGUGAGUGAGAGAAUAGACCGAGAGCAGCUAUGCGGCGACACCACGCCAUGCAGCUUCAGCUUCGAGAUCAUUCUGGAAAACCCAAUCGAACUGCAUCAGGUAACUGUUGAAAUCAUAGACGUAAACGAUAACUCCCCUGCAUUCCAGAAAAACAACAUUAAUUUUGAAAUAAGCGAAUCUGCGACUCCUGGUUCACGCUUUGCAUUAGAGAGUGCGCAUGAUGCUGAUGUAGAAUUAAAUUCGUUGCAAAAUUAUAUUCUCACCAGAAACAAUUAUUUUGUCUUAAAACAACAUUCUAAUCCCGACGGAAGCAGGUAUGUUGAGAUGGUCCUUGAUAAAGCGUUAGACAGGGAGGAGCAUCCUCAUUUAUCUCUGAAGCUGAUUGCUGUAGAUGGAGGAAACCCGCAGAGGUCUGGCUCUGUUAAUAUAGAGGUUACUGUUUUAGACGCGAAUGACAACGCACCUGUGUUUAACCAGACAAUUUAUAGAGCAUCUGUGAUGGAGAAUGCACAGAAAGGCACUUACAUUACUACUGUUAAUGCCACCGAUGCAGAUAGUGGAUCAAACGGACAUAUCACGUUCUCCUUCUCCGAUAUGAAAGAACAGUCGAGAGGUAUUUUUAACAUCGAUGAAAACAUUGGCUUGGUGUCUGUUUUAGGAAACAUUGACUUUGAGAAAGACAAACGUUUUGAGAUCAGAGUUAAAGCAACAGACCAAGGAGGUCUGACGAGUACAAGUAAGCUCAUAAUCGAAGUAGUGGAUGUUAAUGAUAAUGCGCCGGUAAUUACUCUCAUGUCUCUCUCGAGUCCUGUAUCCGAGGAUGCGCCACCAGGUACAACAAUUGCAGUGGUUAAUAUCAAAGAUUCUGACUCUGGGAGAAAUGGACAGGUUUUGUGCGUCAUUAAUGAAAACAUCCCGUUCAAAAUCAAAUCAUCCCUCUCUAACUAUUAUAAUUUGAUCACAGAUGCCUUUCUUGAUCGUGAAACUCAGUCGCAGUAUAAUAUAACAGUGACUGCAACCGAUUCAGGUUCACCUGCGCUCUCGAGCUCAAAAACUCUCAGCCUUAAAGUGUCUGACAUCAACGAUAAUGCGCCAGUUUUUGAUCAAAAAAGCUAUUCAGCACAAUUUAUUGAGAAUAAUACUCCAGGGUUGUCUAUAUGUAGUGUUACGGCGAGAGAUUUAGACUGGAAUCAAAACUCCCGAGUGUCUUAUUAUUUAGAGGAUGCGCAUAUUAGCGGAGCGCCGAUUUCCUCUUACGUGUCUAUAAACUCCGAGAAUGGCGUGUUACACGCAGUGCGUUCGUUUGAUUACGAGCAAAUUAAACAGAUUAGUUUCGUUGUAAAAGCGCAGGACGGAGGCUCUCCUCCUCUCAGCAGCAACGUGAGCGUCAAAAUCCUGAUUCAGGACCAGAAUGACAACGCGCCUCAGGUUCUGUAUCCGGUCCAGUCAGGCGCUUCUGUGGUGGCUGAAAUAGUGCCUCGUUCGGCAGAUGUGGGUUAUCUGGUGACUAAAGUGGUGGCUGUUGAUGUGGACUCUGGACAGAAUGCCUGGCUCUCCUAUAAACUGCACAAAGCCACAGACAGGGCGCUGUUUGAAGUGGGCGCACAGAAUGGAGAAAUAAGAACUGUCCGGCAAGUGACAGAUAAAGAUGCUGUCAAACAAAGACUCACUGUUGUAGUGGAGGACAACGGGCAGCCCUCUCGAUCAGCUACAGUCAAUGUUAACGUGGCGGUGGCGGACAGCUUCCCUGAGGUGCUCUCGGAGUUCACUGACUUUACGCACGACAAGGAAUACAACGACAACCUGACUUUCUAUCUCGUCUUGGCCUUGGCUGUAGUGUCGUUUCUCUUUAUCGUGUCCAUCAUCGCCAUACUGUCAGUCAAAUGCUACAGAUGGAGACGCGAGCGGAUGUUUUAUAAGUCAGGAGCGAAUCUUCCGGUUAUACCGUAUUAUCCGCCUCUUUACGCAGAUGUAGGAGGCACGGGAACUUUACAGCACGUGUACAAUUAUGAGGUUUGCAGAACCACUGACUCCAGAAAGAGUGAUGUGAAAUACGGCAGACCUUGCAGUGAGAGCAUUAUUAGUCUGGACACCAGUGGAACACAGACACUCACGCAUGCGCAAAGAGGAAAACUGGUCAGUGGAGAUUUUGAUGAUCAGGUGAGAAAUGUUUUAUAA